UGAAUAAAGCCAUGAGAAAGCAAGUUGGACUGGCCCUAGAGGAAGAAGAGGCUGCGGCACCGGGACUGACCCGUGCCAACUUAAACCCAACAUCAGGCAGCCUCCCUGGGACCCGGUUAGCAAGAAGCCAAACUAGAAGCAGCAAAACGUCGGUCCGGAGGAAGUGUCAUCAGAUUUGAUAUCAACAAAGGCAUUCGAUUUAUAUAACUGAAGACAUGGCGCCCACUUUGGCAACAGCACACCGGCGCCGUUGGUGGAUGGCAUGCACUGCUGUAGUGGAGAACCUUUUCUUUUCAGCUGUGCUCCUAGGAUGGGGUUCUCUCCUCAUUAUGCUGAAGUCAGAGGGAUUCUAUUCCUAUUUAUGUCACUACCCAGAUAACACAACUAUUGAUAACAGCACUCUCUAUGGAAAUGAGACGGAACUAAUUAUGGAGAUGAAUGGCUGGCUCAUUUGUAAGGAACAGGAUGAAAUGUUAAAUUUAGCCUUUACAGUUGGAUCAUUUCUACUCAGUGCCAUUUCUCUCCCCUUGGGCAUCAUUAUGGACAAAUAUGGACCCCGCAAGCUUAGGCUAAGUGGAAGUGCCAGCUUUGGGGUAUCCUGUCUAUUGAUAGCAUAUGGAGCAAGUAAUCCUAACUCUCUGUCAGUGCUGAUCUUUGUAGCCCUGUGUUUAAAUGGCUUUGGUGGGAUGUGCAUGACUUUUACUUCACUCACACUGCCCAACAUGUUUGGUGAUCUGCGUUCAACCUUCAUUGCUCUGAUGAUUGGAUCGUAUGCUUCUUCUGCUGUCACCUUCCCUUUCAUCAAGGUUAUUUAUGACCUUGGUGUGAGUUUUGUUACAAUCUUGAUUGUCUGGGCAGCUUGUGCUGUUCUUGUUUUCUUCAACUGCUUUUUCAACUGGCCCCUGGAACCAUUUCCUGGACCAGAAGACAUGGAUUAUACUGUGAAGAUUAAGUUUAGCUGGCUUGGCUUUGACCACAAGAUUACAGGGAAACAGUUCUACAAGCAAGUAACCACUGUGGGGCGCCGGCUUAGUGUUGGAGGCUCCAUGAAAAAUCCCAAAGAAUUGUCGGCCUUGCAGAACGGAAACAAGCUGUGUUUAUCCACAGUGGAUCUGGAGGUUAAAUGCCAGGCUGACAAUGCAGCAACUCCACCUUUCAUGAAGAGUGUGUUCAGCCCAAUCCUGUUGCUCAGUCUCAUCACUAUGUGUGUUACCCAGCUCCGUCUCAUCUUUUACAUGGGAGCCAUGAACAAUAUCCUGGAGUUUCUAGUGGAAGGAGAUAUGGACACUGUGAUGCACACGGUCAGUCUGUAUACAUCCAUCUUUGGAGUGCUGCAACUUCUCUGCCUGCUCACAGCUCCUGUUAUUGGAUACAUUAUGGACUGGAAGCUGAAGGACUGUGACGAUGGAAAUGAGGACACAGACGAGAAGGAUACAAAUCCAGAUGGAAAGAAAAAGAAGAAACGUGAUCGUCAGAUCCAGAAGAUUACAAAUGCCACAAGGGCCUUUGCAUUUACAAACGUGUUACUGGUGGGAUUUGGAGUGACAUGUCUCAUUAAUAACCUACCCCUACAGAUCCUGUCCUUCAUUUUGCAUACGAUUGUCAGAGGAUUCAUCCAUUCAGCUGUAGGAGGCCUCUAUGCUGCUGUAUACCCUUCAACACAUUUUGGCAGUUUGACUGGAUUGCAGUCUCUCAUUAGCGCACUUUUUGCAUUAUUACAACAGCCCCUCUUCUUGGCAAUGAUGGGACCCUUAGAAGGAGAUCCACUUUGGGUAAAUGUUGGCUUAUUGGGGGUUAGCAUGUUUGGAUUCUGUCUCCCACUCUACCUCAUCUUCUACAAGCGAAGCCUUGAGCGGCAAAGAAAACAGAAGAUUGAAGACUCUAAACUUUACUUGAAAAUCAAUGGCACUCCUGAUCAUGAAGCCUUUGUGUAAAUAACACCCACCAAAGGCCAAAUCACUUUGCUCCUUUCCAUUUGCACUCUGGGAAGGUAUUGCUCCAGCUUAACAAGUCACCAUUUCAGAACAAACUGUCAGUGUUCUAUCCUUGCACCAUACUUCUCUAGCAAUGUAUGUCAUUUACCCUGUGUAAUCAAACACACUUCAGCUUGGGGAGAAACACCGAACCAGAGGAAUCGAACACUGACUACUAUCAGUAGUCAUGGAUACCUGCCCAAAUGCUAUAUAUAGGUUCCAUGACCUGUAAGUUUUUCUCUCUUUAGACAUUUAGUAAAGGAUGGACAUUGAAACAGUUAGCCUUGGACACAAGCAAAGGCUUUGUACUGUAUUAUCACGUGGGAAAGCUGGACUUUACUACAGAACCGUGUGGGCUGAUAUCUCUGGGUGCUAAGCAAAGAAAUAGCAAGUCAAGAUUUUUGGUCACCGUUAUAUCAUAUGAUAAAAUGAACAGACUUUGGCCUUGUUCUCUUUACUUCGUUUGAUCCAACAUAGCAGUUAAUUAUCUGAACUUUCUUCUUCUCUUGCUAGAAAGGAGUGUAAUAAAUAGGCAGAGCUAGCAAGGGAUAUUCUCAUUACCAUAGUUGGUGCCAGCACUCUCUUUCCUGUUUAUGGAAGGGGAUAUGCUGCUCUCUUAUGAAACAGUUGAGAGAUCCCGUUAUUUCUGAUUCUAUAUAAGGGAAUAACCACCACAUAGAUUUUAUGUAAGUCAGCAGAACCCAGUGAGGUGCACGUAUUCUUGUUGUGCCAUAAAGUCUCCAUGCAAGAUGUUAAAAUAGCGAUUCUAAGCAAUACCAGUUUGUUUUGAAAUGUUUUUUGAUAUAUAACUAACAUCAAUAUUUUCUGUUCUUUGCAUGAUUGGAUGAUGUAUUUUUAUAUGGAUGUUAUUUUCUUCUGUUGACUUUGCUUUUGGCAGAGCCAGAGAAACUCCUUUUUGGGACAAAAUCAGUGAAACCAGGUAGCUGUUAAGUUCAUCAAGGUACCUUCACCCAUUCUUGGUUUGGAGUUUUCAGAUUUUUUUCUUUCUUAGCAUCUUCUGCAAGUGCCGUUUUUCACUUUGCUUUCUUUCCAAACAUUAUAGUCUUCACUCUCCUUUUUUUGUGACUUUACACUUAUAUUUAAUUCUGUCAUAUUCCAUUUCUGCUGCUUCAUUAUAUUAUCCCUUAUUUAAGCUAUUAUAGUUAGGGGUUUAUGAUACCUCAAUCCCGUCAUCCCCAUCUAGUAGCCCUGCUGGUGUGAGACAGGUAUACCGCUGGCAAAGCCCCAUACCUGUGUGUGACCUGAUUGGGUGACCUGCUGUUAGUCUUAUGUGUGAUUGGAGAUAAAUCCGGGAACAUGAAUCAGUCCUCAUUGCAUCUAACAUGUUUUGGGAAGUGUACUUCCUCCAUAACUCAUUCAGAUGCAUCUGCCAUCAGGAUAACAAAAGCAUUCGCUCACUGGCACAGCCUGCAGAACCACAAAUACGCAUUGGAAAAAUUGUUUCCAGGCUGGGAGCAAUUUAUCUUUAAAACAGUAACUGUCUUUAUGUUUCAUACCAAUCAUCUGACUCGGAAAUGGCCAAAUCCUCUGCACGAUUCUCCUUGGGACUAGAAUAAGCAGCUUCCGGAGAAGUGAAUGGGAACUGCCAGAAUAUUAGCUGAAAGGAGAGAGGGAGAUCAGUUUUCAUGUAAACCCAGGUUAUGUGAUGGCAGAAUGCAGCUUCUGCUGGUAAUAGGCAUUAAGAGGAAAUCUAUAGCACAAAAGCAAUAUAAAAAAAGAAAUAUAUUAUAAAUGUUUCCUUUGUUUUGUCUAACGGGACGUUGGCUUGGAAGAAUAACCAGAAUAAGGUAUCCGUGAUAAAGAGUAGUGCCAGCUCGGUGUAAUCUUGAGCACAUCACUGUAUUUCACAGUGCCUCAGGUACAAACAGAUUGUAAGCUCUUUGGAGUUGAAAUUUAAUGUCUGCCUGUACAUUCUUCAUACAGUGAUUGUUGGUACUUCUGAGAAUAAAUCCUUUUUACAUAAACUA